AUGAUGGCCGACGCGGAGGGAUCCGGUGAAGCUGCCUCGUCAGAUGAAGCCACAGCACGUCAUACGCAAACGAAAUCCCCUUCAUCAACGAUCGACGCAGAUUCGGACUCGAGUACAACAUCAAUGAAGGCUGGCCAGGAAAGAUCUGGUGAAGCUGCUUCGCCAGAUGAAGCCACAGGAAUUGAUACGAAAUCGACAACACUUUUAUCAAUGAGCGAAGCAGAUUCGGACUCGACUACAACAUCAAUGACGGCUGGCCAGGAAAGAUCUGGUGAAGCUGCCUCGUCAGAUGAAGCUACA